AUGAUUCAUCAUCUUCAGAACAGGGAUGCUGGCGGAAGCUUCGGGAAGAAGGAAGCUGCUCAAGAAGAGGAGUACUUCAGGAAACUGGGAGGUGGCUCUGGAGGAUCUGUCAGGGAUGCUGGCGGAAGCUUCGGGAAGAAGGAAGCUGCUCAAGAAGAGGAGUACUUCAGGAAACUGCAAAGGGAGCAGAUCAGCCAGCUGAAGGGCCACCUGCACGAGGAGAUUGGGCACCACGAGGCAGAGAUUCGUCGGCUACAGAAUGAGAUCUCCCGCCACAAGGAUAAGAUCCAGGAUCUGGCGAAUGCAGAGAACAAGAUAGAAGGAAAGUGACUGUAGAUUAUGCAUUUAUGUGAAAAAUGAUUGAUUCUGUGUAAUAAUAAAGUAGCUGAUUUGUUUAAAUUGAA